UGUCCAGCAUGAAGGCCGGCGUGGCGACCCAUGUCCAGCGAGAGGCACCCCUGGCCCACUACCACCACUGCGCGAUGCACGGCCUUAACCUCGCCGCAUCCAAGAUGUGCUCGGUUCGUGCGGUGAGAAAAGCACAGGGAACGAUGGAGACAGUCAUAGUUUUCGUGACCGACGGCGCCAAGCGCUCCGUGGUGCUGCAGCAGGCACAGAAGACAACAGGUCGGAGCCAACAGCGCCUCAUCAAGCUAUGCGAGACUCGCUUUGUUGAGCGUUACACGUCCGUUCAUCGCUUCUGUGAACGGUUCGCAGCCAUCGCGGACGCCCUGCGUCUCAUGACCGACUGGACCGGCGCAAUCACCAGAUCAGAGGCAAACAUGCUCCUGAAGACCAUGGCGGCUUUGGACUUCCGGGUGGCCAUCGUGACCAUGAAGGCGCUGGGCAGUCUGCUGCGACCAGUAUCCCUCAAGCUACAGCGAGCGGGUGCAGAUCUGAUCCAGACGCUCGGCUUGGCGAGGACCACCAUCAGUACACUCACGGACCUGCCCACUGAGUCUUCGUUCGAUGAGCUGAUGGCCGAAGCGCAGAUAAUGGCAGAAGAGCUGGACACAAGCAUCGAGAGGCCGCGUAUCCCUGCGCACCGCUCUACCUUCAGAGCGAACGCGGGUGACGACCUGGGCGUCACCUGCUACUUCCGCGUGAACGUGUACUUCCCAGCCAUUGACGCAGUGCAGCAGGACAUGGAGGAGAGGUUCGGCAGCGACCACACAGGCACUGGUGAUGCUGGACAGCGAGCUGAGGCUCCACGACAGACGCACCACCGCCAGGUGUUCUCGCUGUCCGGCAUUCUGCCAACGAGGGUGACCGGCGUGACAUGGAGGACAUCCGUCCAGGCUGGGAGCCCUACCCACCGGCUCUUCCUCAGACCUUCGAGUGUGACACGAAGGCCGAGCUUCAGGUCUGGUCGGCCAUGUGGCGACGCAGCCCGGACAAAGUGGUACCUGACUCCGCGGUAGCAGCGCUGGACCACUGCGACCCUGUAACCUUCCCGACCAUCCACCGCCUGCUCCGGAUCCUAGCGGUUCUGCCGGUGUCCGCUGCGGAGGCCGAGCGGCCCUUCAGUGAGGUCGCCUGGACGCUGACCGAGGUCCGCGCGACGAUGGGUGAGGAGCGCCUGGAGGCGUUGGUGAUGUGCCAGACGCACCGUGACCUUCUCCCAGCCUCGAAGGAAGUUGCGGACUUCUUCGCCAAGUCUGGCGCUCGUUGAGCGAAGCUUUCGCAUCUGCUGUAGGCCCCGGCCGCGGCUCACCGGUAUGCUCGCCCGCCACAGCCGCUCCACAGCUGCCGCUACGCUACAUAGCCACUAGAAUCAUCCUUUGUCCGGCCUCAUCACCCUGUCUCACCGUUUGUCACCCUGAUCGCCAUUUGCAAUAAACCCCAUUUGCCCAGUU